AUGUAUAGACAAAUACCUUUAUCUGUUGCGUUCAGUAGUGAAAACCCUGACGUCAAAAUAAAGGGGAACAGAGUAACGUUUAAGUUUCCAACAGACUGGAUUGUGAACAUAAAUGAAGAGAAGUACAUUGGCAUAACAUCUAUGUAUAUAACACGUGCUUUCAGAAAGGUUGACUUUAUACUUCAAGUCGAGAUAGAAAAUGACGAACAGUCUUUAAGCGCCCAAAACAUUCACAUAUACAAAUACUUUAAAGACGAUACAACAUUGUUGCAAUGUAUGAUUUCAUUUAAUGAGAUGUUCGAGAAAAAGUUCAACAUUGAAGUACAAACUUUACAGCCUUUACGUGAGUUUCUUGCACAACUGAAGGAAGAAGGUAGUCGGCCACAACUUAUAGACUUUCAUUAUGAAUUUAAUGAAAAUGAAGAUGGAACUCAUGACUGUCAAUUCAUUGUAUUCUCACCAUUCAAUGAAGUAGCUAAAAAGAAAAAAAAUCCAUUACGUAUAAGAUUUCAAAUCUCUGAACCAAAUGAUGACUUCAAAAAUGUUUUCAAUUAUUAUGCAAUGCUUCCGAGGAAAAAUGAAUUUUCAAAGAUUGUAACACCUGGCAUUUGGGA